UGUUGCCUUUUACGUUUGAUUGUUCUCUUAUUUGUGCUACCUAUCUUUAUUGUGUUCAAUUACUUUUUUGAGUUGAUUUCGAGUUCUCGAUAGUUUUCGAUUGGUGACACUUAAUGUCUUUAGAUUAUUCAAGUAAUAGUUUACUUCAUCUCUUAAUUGCUGUGGAAACCAGUACAUAUUCAAGGGCUAGGUGGAUCUAAUUUAUUGCGGAAAAACUGCAAUUUAUCAUGUUUCUUUCUACUUGGAGCCUCAACUAGGUUGGGCAAUCAAACUGUAUGCACAUUUCAAUCAAUGGGAGUUUUAUUGGCGGAUAUACAUGCGGCGACUAGAGUGUUUGUGAUGGCUGGAGGCGUGGUUAUUUAAGACAGAACGGGUGCAGAUGACAAGAGCUAGUCGUUAAAUAUUUUUUUUUGAGCCCUGCCAAGUUCAGACCCACUACAAUGGAAUCCAAGAAAUUCUAUCUGAAUCCUAAUGCUCCAGUUUUCGUACCUAGUAAUUUAACACCUUCACAAGAGAAGAGCAUUAACCUGGACAGUGAUCCUGCAGACCAAGAAGCAAAAGGGGUUGCACGUUCCCGGUGUAGCGAUGCUCCCACCAAUGCCAAUGUGUUUAGCGAAUCAUUUGAAUUAGAUCAUCUCUCACAGGUGACGGGUGAAAUUCGAGAGUUCAUGGGAGACCCAUUUCCAAGUGGAAGUGAUGAACAGGCUCAGAUUAGCCCGAAUGACAUUGUAGCUUCAGACUUGAGGUCCUUGUCACUCAUGUUUCCCGGAUACUCGGAAGAAUCCGUACUUGAUAUUUAUGCUGCAAACGAUGGAGACAUAGAGGCAGCAAAGGAGAUGUUGGCACACCUAGAGGGUGUUGGUGACAAGUCGAUGUCUUGACCUGCGGAUGGCAACAAACCGUGCUCAUCGACAGAUCCAGGUACCUCAGGACAUUCGCUGUUGUGUCUUGGUGCCGUAGCAGAAGGGCAAUGUGAGAUGAGAUGAAAAUGUAACACUAGAGAUUCUUCCAUAUUGUUCUAGUUUCUCCGAGGAGUUGAGCUCGUCUUCAUGUGAAGUAUGAAGUGCUUCGUGUAGUCAUUUAGAAGAAUCAUGUUGCUGAAAAAAAAUCCACUUGUUGGAAAAUCUGAUGAUGCCGUUCAGUGAGAGACAUUUCAAAAUCAGAAUGGAAACAGAUGCUUUGCGCGUGUGCUCAUGAAUCUCUCAACUGAAUUGGUAAGAUCUCCUAGUGAAUUUCGGUAGUUGUUCACAUAGCUUUAUGUCAACUCCUAGUGGAAGCUAGUGGAAGCUGGUAGAGGGUGGUGUAACA